AUGGCUGCCAGCACCUCAUCGAAUCAGUUAGUAAGCAAACAUGAAUUUGCUGAUGUUAUGGAAAAUACUGUAUCAGGACAAAAAUCUCUUCAUGCCAAUGUUCAUUUCAAUGCUGAAGAUGUAAUCUGUUCGUUUGAUGCCGAACUAACAUUGGAUCACCCCACUUAUGCAACAGUACAAAUAGACGAUCAUACACAUAUUAUAUUAAAACCAGAGUUUUUGCUAUAUGUUAAUCAUAGUUGUUCACCAAAUGUUUUCUUUAAUACUGGUUCCAUGCAACUAAUUGCUCUCACUGAAAUACAGCCGGGUGACGAAAUAGUUUUCUUUUAUCCAUCGGCCGAAUGGGAUAUGGAACGACCGUUUAAUUGCUUAUGCGGUAGUUCUAACUGUUUGAAACAAAUUAAGGGUGCAGCGUAUCUUCCACAUACGGUUAUUCAGCAAUACCACCUUACUGAUUUCAUUCGACGAAAGAUCAACAACCAAAAAUGA